GUUCAAAGAUGAAGGCGGAAUUUUUAUUAAUCGUGAUUACCAUGGGAGUUUCAGCAGUAAUGACUGAACCCCAAUGCACAGAAGAGGGUAGGUUUCCUUAUCCUGGUACAUGUGGAGCAUAUUUUGACUGUACUCCAAAUGAAUCUGGUGGCUAUAACCUUGUGAAGGAUAACUGCAGAGGCUACACCUUCGAUACUGCCACAAAAUCCUGUAUAGACAUGCAAUGUGAAUCCCGGCAUAAACGCAGUAUUGCUACUGAUAAUCAUCAGUACUCGCAUUUGUGUCAAGCUCAGCCUGACAGAUUUGUGUGCGCCAGUUGCAAAACGCUCGUCAUGUGUGUGAAGGGUCAAGCCUUCACUCGUCACUGUACCCAUGAUAACUUCUGCACAGGCCGAAACAAGUUUGGAGGAGGAGUUUGCUACCCAAAUGAACCAGUAGAAUGCACUUGUACAAAGGCUAAUGUCUUCAGGGUAGACCAUUAUGAUCCCCAGAAGUUCUUCUCUUGUGAUGGUAUUGCUUCAACACCAGAAAGCUACAAGUGCCCAGAUGGAAUGGAAUUUGAUGAAAGCAUAGCUCAAUGCCGCAACACUGGUGGCCUGCCACCAUGCUCUGUUCCAGGACAGUUUGUUAAUCCCAAUAACUGUAGUGAAUACUACUCGUGCAUUUCCCUUAAACAUGGAUGGCUUCAGAGGUCUUUCCAAUGCUCCCAAGACCUCAUGUUCAAUCAGAAGAUGCAGAAAUGUGAGAAUCCUUGCAGGUACCAGUUCGUUUGUACGCAAGAGGGACGUUAUGCAGACACUAUCAACAAACGUAAUUACUUCGAGUGCUACAUGUUGGGAGGCAGUCUGAGACAAGUGCGUUAUAACUGCCCUGAGGGUUAUAUGUGGGGUGAAGACACUCCAGGCAUUGGAAAAUGUGUUGAAGACCAUGGUGAGAGGGAUGAUGAUUAUCCCUUCAGGCACUGCACUUUGGAUAACUUGUGUGUAGUUGUUUUCUCUGCAGGGACCAAUUAGGAGGAAGUAAAGGGAAGUGGAAGCUUCCCACCAAAAUGCAAACUAGUCGUCACCGCCCUUUGACUUCAAUAUUCCAGUUUUAAUAAUACGUUUUUAAAUUAAAA